CUGCCUGGAAACCCCGUGAGGUAGACAGACGGUCAGUUCGCCAUUAGCUGCUGUGAGGAACGCGUCGAAGAGAUUCUUUGGACGGUUUUCGGAUUUGCAAGGGCUCUCGUAGCCCAAAGUUCACCCCCACAGACCCUCAGGGACCAUCCAAGGGGGUUUACCGUGGGGGGCGAGCUUCGACUCUCCCGCCUGAGGUAUUCGACGACUCGGAGCCUGGGACUAGGCCCACAGCCGUCUAUUGUGUACCCGACCAGGACUAGGUCGGCGCUGGGACUUCGCCUGGGAUCAGGACAUCACUUGGAGGACUAGGACUAGGACGGGACUGUGUGACUACCCCGCCGGUCGGGGGAACUUCACGGACUCGGCCUCGGACUGUUGGCCCCCUAGAGACCCUUUACUGGAUUCAAAGACAUUGAUUUUGGCCUAAGGCCUGUUGGACUGUGGAAGAUUAAGGAAGCCUUGGACUUUUCUAUUACCCGUUACCUCUGAAGACCGGGUGUGUGUGUUUCUGGGACGGAAGGCAGGGUAGAGGAGGCCCGUUUGUCACCUGGUGGGCCUUCCCCCCUCUCUUCCGGUGCCGUGUGCGGACCAUCAGCCUGGUGUGUGUGAGGGGAGUCAUGUGUGUGGGGGGCUUUGUGUGCUGAGAGUGAGUGUCCCGUUUCUCUCUAACUACACCCCCACCCCUCUGUAUUUAACAUGUCGUGUGUGCACUAUAAGUUUUCCUCCAAACUCAUCUAUGACACGGUCACGUUUGACGGGCUGCACAUCUGCCUGAGCGACCUGAAGAAGCAGAUCAUGACCAGAGAGCGGCUGAAGGCGGCGGACUGCGACCUGCAGAUCACCAACGCCCAGACCCAGGAAGAGUAUACAGAUGAUGCAGCCCUGAUUCCUAAGAACUCAUCUGUAAUUGUCCGGAGAAUUCCCAUCGGUGGUGUAAAGACUACAAACAAAGCAUAUGUCAUAAGUCGUGCCGAACCAGUGAGUGGAACAUCAAAAGCAAUUGAUGACGCUUCUGCAUCUAUUUCUCUGGCCCAGCUUGCUAAGACCGGCAACCUGGCUGAAGCCAAUGCUUCUGAAGAAGACAAAAUCAAAGCAAUGAUCUCUCAGUCUGGACAAGAAUAUGACCCUGUCAACUAUAUGAAGAAACCGCUAGGCCCUCCACCUCCAUCCUACACCUGUUUCCGAUGCUUGAAACCUGGCCACUACAUUAAGAACUGUCCUACCAAUGGGGACAAAAGUUUUGAGGCUACGCCGAGGAUUAAAAAGAGCACCGGAAUCCCCCGUAGUUUCAUGGUGGAAGUAGAAGAUCCAAAUAUGAAGGGGGCCAUGUUGACAAACACUGGAAAAUAUGCCAUACCUACUAUUGAUGCGGUGGCAUAUGCUAUGGGCAAAAAAGAAAAGCCCCCGUUUCUUCCAAAUGAGCCCUCCUCAUCUUCAGAGGAGGAAGACCCCAUACCUGACGAGCUGCUAUGUCUGAUCUGCAAAGACAUGAUGAGCGAUGCGGUUGUUAUCCCGUGCUGUGGGAAUAGCUACUGUGAUGAAUGCAUCCGCUCGGCACUACUGGAGUCUGAUGAUCAUACCUGCCCUACUUGUAAUCAGGCAGAUGUCUCGCCUGACGCUCUAAUUGCCAACAAGUUUUUGCGCCAGGCUGUAAACAACUUUAAGAAUGAAACUGGUUACACUAAGAGGAUUCGUAAACAGCAGUCUGCUACGGCCCAUCGGCAGUCACAGGCUCCCCCGCCUGCCAGAGCUGCUCAGCAGACCUCCCGCCUGAUGACGUCCCGUCAGCAGGACCCUCUUGUUGCUGCCACCGCUUCUGCGCCAGUUGUUAACCAAACCGCUCCCAGCGCUGUUCCGAGCCAGUCUCCUGCACACAGCACCCCUCCGGCUAAUCCUCCUCCUCGGACUGCCUCUCCUGUGGAUUCUACAGCGGCACUGCCGUUACCGGUCCACAAAGACCGAGAGAAACCCGACGCGGUGUUUCACAGUCAGGACAAAGUCAGCUCCCGUUCCAGUUCUGUUCCUGCCGUACCAGUUUCAUCAGCCGGCUGCGUGCCCUUGCCUGGCAACUCCAUCCUAGGCGACAAGGGGUUUCAUGUACCUGUCCUUGGCCAGCUGCCUUCGCUUGCUCAUUGCCAUCCUGCCCCUACACCACUUCUGAGGGCAAAUAUCCCCAGACCAUCCGCUCCUAGACCACUCAUGGCAUGGGAUGGUAGAGGACGUCAUCCCCAUAGUGAUCGCCCACCUAGAAAUCAGGGCCCUUCCAUGGGAUCAUCAGGACCUGUAUACGUCCACCCUCCUCCUCCAUUGUUUCCACCUCCACCACCUCAUGGCCUGCAGCUGCCCCCAGGGGUGCCGCCGCCGCAGUUUCCACCGCAGUUCCCUCCUGGUCAGCCUCCAGCUGCUGGUUAUAAUGUUCCUCCUCCUGGCUUUCCUUCUGCCCCCGCAACCGUCUCUGCCCCGUGGGCUGCUCCAGCCGUGCAAACCGCACACGCCAGCGCCAUACAAGCGCCUUCACUGGCACCUCCACUGUCUAAAGAGGAGUUCUACAGGGAACAGCGCAGAUUGAAGGAGGAAGAAAAGAAGAAAUCUAAACUCGAGGAAUUUGCAAAUGACUUUGCCAAGGAGCUAAUGGAAUAUAAGAAAAUUCAGAAGGAGAGGAGACGCUCCUACUCCAGGUCCAAAUCUCCAUACAGUGGUUCAUCCUACUCAAAAAGCUCCUACUCCUAUUCAAAAUCAAGAUCUGGUUCUUCACGGUCACGUUCUUACUCUCGUUCCUUUAGCCGGUCACGCUCCCGCUCUUUUUCGAGAUCACCUUCGUACCAGAGGAAAGUACAUUCAAAGGGCCGCACUUACCGUUCGAGAUCUCGGUCUCAUGGGUAUCCCCGUUCUAGAUCUCGGUCCCCGUACCGGCGGUACCAUUCACGAUCUAGGUCCCCUGUCUAUAGGGCCCCAUCUCCUAACAAGAGAGUCAUUGCACCAACAGAACCCGAAAGGAACGAUCGUGAAUACUUCAACCGCUACCGGGAGAUACCUCCCUAUGACAUCAAGGCUUUGUACGGGCGACAACCUGACCUAAGAGAUCCGUACGAAAGGCAAAGAUUUAGAGAAUGGGAGAGAAAAUAUAUAGACUGGUAUGAGAAGUAUUAUAAAGGCUGCGCCGUGAAUGCGUUACCACGACAGAGGUCACCUGUCAACAGGGAUAACUUCUCUCCGAAUCGCUUCCCGAUUCAGCCUCAAGCUCGCCGAGAUAACUCUCCAUAUAACCGAGGCCGCAGAGAGGAUUAUCCUCCCCUGAUGCCACAUCGCGGCCGUCCAAUGGGCGCUCCAUAUCAAGAAAAGCUGCCUCCGCGUGACGCUCAUAUCGUGAAGGAUAACAGAAGGUCAAAGGAGAGAGAAGCGGCGAACCCACCUACAGACUACAAAGGUGGGAGCAAGCACAAGAAGCAUCGCAAAAAGCGGAAAGGGGAGGAACACGAAGGACCGAACAAAAUGGAUAUCGACUCUACCCGGAAACACAGAGACGCGCAUGGAGAUGAUGUCAAAAGAAGCGAGCCCCCCUUUGUGCCCACGAGCAAAGAUGAUGCCACUCCUGUGCGGGACGAACCAAUGGAUGCCGAGUCUGUUGCUAUAAAGCCGGUCUCUGAGAAGGACAAGAGAGAGAAGCCUAAAGGAAAACCCGAAAAAGCAAAACGGAAACCCGAAGGAAAUCCGACCAAAAAGGAGACCUGCAAGGUGAUAAAGACCGAAAAAGUAGGUUGUGACGGUGAGAAGGAAAGACCUGCUAGUACAGAACCACCUCAAAAAAGGCCUAAAGAGGAGCCAGUCAAGGGGGAUGUUACCAAGCACCCUCCAUUGCUGAAGGAUGAGAAGACCGCUUUACUGCCCCGCAAGGUUCACCUCAAACUGAUGAAGGAAAACCACGAUGGCAAACCACCCAAAGAUGAUAAGAACAAGAAAGAACCCCCAAAAGACGCAAAACCCGAGAAGCCUGUCGCCAAGGAGGACGUGUCAAAAAAGCCGGCAGAGAAAUCCCGAGGAACAGACGCCAAGCAAGAAAAGCGGAAAAGGAAAACGGACGAGAAAAUCUCAGAAAAAGAAACGGAGAAAAAUCCCAAAGCGGUAGCCAGUGACCCAGCGAAGCCUUCCGCCAUCAAAGUAAAGUCUGAGGCGGAGGUCAAGAACCCUGAGAAAUUAGCUGAACAGGAGAAGCCCCCGCCUGUGAAAAAAAUCAAAUUAAACCGGGAGACCGGGAAGAAAAUACCGACCGCUGAAUCUACAGGAGCGGCUGAAGAGGCCCAAGAUAAAACGGAGCCUCCUGUGGUGGCCAAGCCAAAAGCAGAUCGCGUGAAGGGGAAGGUGAGGCGGAAAGUUACCAUUCCAGAUGGGUCUGGAUCCACCUUGGUGGAUUAUACCAGCACAAGUUCCACCGGUGGAAGCCCUGUUCGAAAAGGGGAGGAGAAAUUGGAUGCCAAGAGAAUGGUUAUUAAGACAAUGGAGGAAUAUAACAACGAUAGCACUACUCCUGCUGAAGAUGUAAUAGUAAUCGUUGAAGUUCCACAGUCUAAGUGGGAGAUAGAUGAUUUUGUGUCAGAUGACGAGACAAAAGAUGCUCAGAAUAUCACUGCUACAGAUAAACCAACGAGCGUACCAGCAAAGUCUUUACCCACGGCAGCUCUUCCAGAUAAAGAGGCCAGCUCCACGGAGAAGCCGAAACUACCCCGGGAACAUGGAGAGGGGGAUUCGCCACAAGAUUCCAACACAAAUAAAGAAUCUGCCGUAACGCACGCUAAAACUAGAUCGAGUGAUACAGACAAACCUGCCGAGGACAAGGAAGCGUCCAACAAAAGAAAAGGAAGCUCCCCGACUGACAGCAGCUCCGAUCGUUCCGGUCGUCUCUCCAAAGAAAGGGCUCCCGAGAAAGUAGAUUCCGCGCGAAGCUCUUCCAGCCGAGAGAAAAAGUCGGACCAUUCAGAGAACCGGGACAAAAAGACGGAGCACGAAAGCAGGGAGAGGGAUAAGAAACUGGAUCAUGACAACAGAGACAAGAAAAAUGACCAUGACCGAGAAAAAGACAAGAAGCCAGAGUCUGACAAUAAGGAAAGGGACCGGAGACAAGAAAGUGAGAGCAAAGAAAAGGAGAAGAAACCAGAGCAUGAGAAUCGAGAUCAUAGCAGCUCUAAGAGGCGAGAUGAGAGGAGGAGAGACUCUCCGAUCAGGAGCAGAGAGUCAUCUUCUAGUUCCCAAAAACCCAAACCCAGAGACACGCAACCCGAGUCGUCUAGGAGAGGCGCAGGGGACUCGAAACGCGCCAGCUACAGCCCUGCGCGAGAACGCAGACCCAAAAGUGACCAGAAAGCUUCCGAUGGCAAACGCUCCACCCUCGAUCAAAAAUCCCCAGAGAAAUCUAAUACGAGAGGAAGGGAGAGACCUGCCGCCGCGUCAAAGGGUGCAGAUGAACCCACUGAGAACAAGCCUUCAUGCACAAAACACUCUUCACCAGAACCCAAACCGGACGCGGAAUUUAAUGAAAAAGACCCCAACAAGCUAAAGCCGCCUCAGAGUCGCUCGACGAGGCUUUCCACCGACCUGGCCAGGGAGACAGACGAGGCUUCCUUCGUGCCUGAUUACAACGAGAGUGAUAGCGAGGCUUCCGUGAAACAGGAAGACCCUCCAGCCCUGGACUGCCAGGAAAACAAAAUUAAGGAGGAUUCUGCCAUGGACGCCCCCGAGCCGACGGACAUUGCUCUGCCCGGGACUGGCCACAGCAGUCCCAGCAUCAGCCGUAGCCACAGCCCUGCCGGUUCUCAAACCCACAGCCGCAGCAGCAGUGCCACUUCGGCGGGCAGCCAGGACAGCAAGAAAAGAAAGAAGAAAAAGGAGAAAAAGAAACACAAGAAGCACAAGAAACACAAAAAGCAUAAGAAGCACGCCGGGAACGAGUCCGAGGCGGAAAAGACAGAAAAGUCUCAAAAACACAAGCAUAAAAAGAAAAAGUCCAAGAAGAGCAAGGACAAGGAGACUGAGAAAGAGGAGGCCAAAGUCAAACCUCCUGUGUCGGUGUGAGCCGCGGCCGAUGGAUCCGUCAGCGGAAGGCCUGUCCCAACUUAACUGUAUACAUUUUAUUUUCAUUCAUUGUAAAUUCAGUGUAAAUAUUGGGAAACUGUGCCACACUUAAUAUAUUGAUUGACUUUUACAUAAGAGCUUUAUAAAGUGAACAUUUUUGUACAGAACUGCGUGUGUUAUGAA